AACUUCAAACUGUUGCUGCGUGGCUUUUAAACGGUAGAUACACAAACGGGUACCUGGACGUUACAUGCUUUUUUGUAGUGCAUUAAUAGUUUAAUAGUCUGAUUUAAAUCAACAAAAUACCUUCAACAGACUGUUGCUGAAAUGCCGAAUCAAAGAGACCAGGCGGCUGAUGAUUCCCCUGCUGACCUCCCCUGUCUGGAAAAACUUGACUCUCCUACGGGGAGCCCACCCACUGCCUCAUUAUCCAGUCUGAUGGAGGUUCAGAAUUGUGUCUCCAACCUGAGCCUCGCACAUGAGAUAGUGGUGAACAGAGACUUCAGGUUCAACCCCAGGAGUCCUCCGACAGACAGCCUGGAGGGCAGAGUGACAGAGAUUGUUCAUCAGGCAUUUUGGGACAGUCUUCAAGAGGAGCUGAACAGUGAUCCUCCGAACUAUAGCCACGCAGUCGUUCUGCUCCAGGAAGUCAAGACUAUGCUUCAGUCCCUGCUGCUGCCCGGUCACAUCAGACUGAGGUCUCAGCUGGACGAGGUACUGGACAUGGAUCUGAUCCGGCAGGAAGUGGAUCACGGUGCUCUGGAUCUCCACAGACUGUCCGGGUACAUCGUCAACAGCAUGGCGUCCUUGUGCGCACCUGUACGCGACCCUGAGGUCCGAGCACUGAGGGACCUCCGGCACCCUGUGGAGCUCCUGAGGGAGAUCUUCCGCGUCUUGGGCCUCAUGAAAAUCGACAUGGUUAACUUCACCAUCCAGAGCCUGAGGCCUCACCUGCUGCAGCAAGCCGUGCAGUACGAGAGGACUAAGUUCCAGCAGAUCUUGGACCAGCAUCCAGCCUCUCUGGACUUCACCAGCGCCUGGCUUGAAGCAGCAGCGUCCGAAGAGGCGUUGGCCGCCAGAGCUCAGUCCGACUCUCCUGACAGCAGAGGUCCUGUCAGCCCCGCUGCUGUCCUCAACCGGGCCUACAUGCGCCUGCUACACUGGGACCCGCAAGACCAGAAAUAUCCCAAGACGGCGUUGAUGGACCGAGCCCGCCUGGACGCUCUGGGACAGCAGCUGAAGAUGUUGGUCCUAGAGGCAUCAGUUCUGCUCUUGACCAGCACUCAGUGCGGAGGCUCUAUUUUCUCCCUGCAGGGGUUUGUAGGUAAACUCAGGCACGCCAUCGCUGCCCUGCUGGAGGGCAGUCACACCAGGGAAACUGACCUAAGGGCUGCACUGCUGGGGAUCGGGGACGUUGUACUGCAGCAGGUGACUGAAGCUGUGCGCGGCCAGGGAGGAGUGGCGCUGCCUCAGGGGAGCCAGGAUCUGCUGAGAGGACAAAUAUCUGAGCUGUGGAAGCACAACCACCCUGUCCGCACACUCAUAGGAGAGAGGGUACAGGGUUUCCUCCAGGCCAUGCUGCAGGGCGGCCCCGCUAAAAGGAGUCCAGAGCUGCCCGCUUCCCUCAGGCUGGUGAGUGCUGAGCUAGCUGAGCUGGGGAUGGCCUUUGGGCGAAUCGUCCACUUCAACCGAACAGUCUUUGGUCCCUUCUACGCACCCAUCCUCAGGAAACUGCUGUUCCCACCAGGAGAGGCCGAGACCCCAGAGGACUCUCGAUAGGCUGAGGGCGACCCAGACGGCGUCCCGUGAAGCAAACAUAAGCUGCCAUUUGGCGUAGAUUUGUAGCUAGCGUUGGCUACAGAGUGUAAAUACAAGGACAUUUAUAGUCUGCAGACAAAAAGUAUAUUGUAUUUUUUCAGUUAUUCAACAGAAAUGUAAAUGACAUCACAAGGCAGAUGCUGAGUCAUGAUUGAAUGAAUGCAUCUUAAGCAUUUUAGUGGAAAACACAUGAAAACCUGAAAGUCUGUACGAGACUAAAUGAGGAGGUUUUAAGCUUGAACCAGGAAUAGAUUAUAUAAUGUUGAUGAAAGAAGUCAGUUUGACUCUCAGCCUCAAACUGAGUUUGUUGUUGUUGUCUGGAAUAUGUGUGUGUGAUAGUUUUCAUACAGUUUACUUCAUCUCAAGAUAAAACACAUUCAGGAAACACAAACAGUACCAAAGAUUCUGCUAACAGGUUGUAAAUAAUACUUUCAGUGAUUAUUAUGUAAAUGUACCAAAGACAGCAAGCACUUUUUAUACAUUCUGUUUUUCUUCUUUUGUUUUUCUUUUACACUUUUGAUUAUAAACCAAAAGUUGAAUCAGUGUUUCCCCUGCAGUUGUGGGCAUUAUGGGGGUUGCUGUAGGAAACAACCAACAAUUAAAGUCAAACUAAAGAAAAAUAAAGGUAUCAAUAUUUCAAACAAUCAGCGUUCAGCUAUUUGUAGUUGAAGCAUGAGCCGACACACAACAGACAGCCACGCUUAGCCCAGAAUGCAGUGGUGAUGCACUUCAAGAAGAUAACGAUGGUUUAGGAUUAACUUUUGCACAUCAAGUUAAACUGACUGAAUACCACUUACGGAAAAAAGCACAUCAAACAUUCAAUAUGCAGGCGACACUAAAGGAUAGAUGUGGAAGAUGGAAAGUAGUAACACCUCGACUUUGUGCGGCUCUAAUGUUCGGCAAAACUUGGCUUGGAAAUGAAAUACUGCAUCAUGUAGAAAGCUCAAGAGAACGGAAAUUCAUUCUGUAUUGAAUAGCUAAUGGUAGGUUUUUAUACACUCAGUCUACAUCCAGUGAUAUAGAUUAGGAUUAAAACCUAUAAAAGCCUUAAACUAUGAAAGAAUCUAAGAUUGGAUGAAACCAAUCACAUUAAUCUUUGAUGUGCAAUCCAACAAAUGGAACAAAGUUUCUAUAAGCUUUAAUCAAAUAUAACCACAGAUUGAUGAGAGGAGUGAGAUGCACAAGGUAUCUUUGACAACCUUGGCAUAUACAUUGAUCACUGUUAUAGAUUAUACCGCUUUAAUUCUCAUUAGCUCACUGUCAGAUUUUAAAGAAAUAAACAUGAAAGCUAGUCCCUAUAAUGUCUCCCUUCAUAAUGUUUAAUUCAAAGAUUGGUCAACACGAUGAAAAGACUAAAAACUUUGGUCCUUGGAUUUUGAUUUCUCUACACCUCAGAGCAGAACAGAUGAGAACACUUUCAGGAGUUGCAUAGUUAAACAUCGUCUCAGAGAUUAUCGCCUUGCAAUCUUUUGAAACUCCUCAGGUCUUGCAGCAACACUUUCCUCAGUUUUGAAGUUAUUUCCUGAAUCCUCUACGGGCCUCAUCCGCCCAUAUCUCCCUACAUUUAUCUUCAAUUCGUGCUUGAGAAAGUUUUCUAAAAAAGAAGUCUCUCUGGCAGAUUUACAACCCUGCUCUUAAACUGCAGGAUGGAUUGUUAAAUUGAUGAAUUCAACGUAGGCUUGUAGCAGUUAUUCUUAAUUAGCAGACUGACGUCCUUGUGGUGCUGCGAGAAGACGGUGUGCACAUAGAAAUCACAGGAUUGAAAUGAGAAGUUCGGAGGGAUAAAAAAUUAAACUUUGGUAGUCCUGAGACGAAGGUAGUGCAGCUGAUGUGAACACUAAAUGAGCUGAUGUAUAACUUAUUUAGAGGCGUCACUUGUGGAAGUAAAAUAAAUAGAUCAAGGACUCUUCAAAUGUCCUAUGAAUAAAAACAUAUGAAGUCAAGGGCAGCGUUUAAAUGCCUUGCUCCUGCUCUACGACACAAAUAACUGUUAUUGUUCAGAGCAAUUUAUUAUAAAAGGAACCUAACGUUACUCCAAAUAAACACAGCUCGCUAAAUGUUCUCGACUCCCGCUCAGAUUGAUUCCUGCAUCGUGUUGGAUUUGCUUUAGAGGCGUCAGAACUUGUGAAAUGGGCUGUAAAUCUUUUUUUAAUCACGCAACAAACCGAGUAUUUAGCAUCUAAAUGACAGAGGAGUUUUAUGGGAUUGUGAUCAGCAGGCACUUAAGAAAAUGGGAUGCUUAGCUCUGUGACUUGAAUUUAAUAUAACACGAUAAUCACUAACUGGGGCGUUUGUUGAGAUUAGAAGUUGCACCACCCACUAAUCUCCAUAGCAGGGGAAACACUGAUGGUAUAAUUGUACAGUAAUUACCCUGGUGUUAAAUUUGUCACUUUAUAUUUAAACAGCUGGCGUAAAGUUUCUCUCUGUUUUAUUACUCAAUCAUAAAACAAAACCAAUGCCGACA